UCCUGAGCGCCGUCAGCCUUUCGGCCCCUGCCACUGCAGCUCCUCUACAAUUCCACCAUUAGCGAUCCUAGACGGGCGCUACACGUACAAAUAUGGAUUCUUAUACCACUCGGGAAGACUCCAGGCCUCCCGUCGACUCAUACCGGCGCCGGUCUCCAGUCGUCGAAGGCUCCGGCGACCGACGGGCUAGGCAGAACCGCGGACGUUCUCGAUCGCCUCAGAACAUUGACCGUUACCAGCCGGACCGCUCUCGAGACUACGAUUACCGAGCCCGCGAUGGGCCCCGCCGUCGAUCGUCCCCGCCGCCUAUCCAGGCCGGUAUCGACCGGUACGUGCCUGGUCAGGACAAUUUUGCCCCGACAUUCACAACUAAUCCGAUACCGAACCCCAUGUCGCUAGAAUACCAGGUCGGCUUCAACUACUUUGCUGAGUGGUGGCGCGUUGAACAGGUCAUAAAGGAAGAGAAGGAACGCGCUAAGAAUGGCGGUAGGAAGCCUGUCCUCAAGGGUGAGCGGGAAGCUCGAGAGGAGCGAGGGAAAGAGCGUGAGUUGAUUCAGGCCGCAUACGACGAAUACAAGGAGAAGCUCCAGGUGCAGAUGGCCAAGACUUUUGUCGAUAAGCACAAGGGAGAGGAGUGGUUCAAAGAGCGGUACGAUCCUGAAUACCGGAAUGCUUUCCGCGAGAAGCUCAGGGGCUAUCGACAUGCGAUCUACCUAGACUGGGAGCGACAGCUUGACGAGGGUCACUUCGACGAGUUCACCCUCGAGGGCAUUUACAAGAACGAAUCGAAUGGUGCAGGUGGUAUUGUCGAGAGAGAGGAGGGCGAGACCACAGCAGCCAAUGAGGUUCUUGGCGUUGGAGACCUUCUGCCCUGCAAAGGAGGAGACCUACGCGACGAAUCUGCUCUUCAACCGACUCUACUCAUCAAGACAAUCGCACCCACAGUCAAUAGGGUCAAGGUCGAAGAGUUCUGCAAAGAGCAUCUUGGCGAAGGCCCUGGCGGAUUCAAAUGGCUGAGCAUGAGUGAUCCAAAUCCCCUCAAGAAAUGCCAUCGCAUUGGCUGGGUCAUCCUUCAUCCCGGCGAGGAGCAGCCCAUGGCUAUCGAUGAUCGUGGUGAUGGCCGUGUUGAGGAUGGCGAGGAAGGCGCUGUGGAUGAGAAGCCUGAAGGGCCCCAAGGACCUUUGGGAACGGCUCACAAAGCCCUCGAAGCCCUCAACGGCAAGACAGUUGUCGAUGAAGUGCGCGGCAACUUCACGUGCCAUGUCGGGAUUCACGAACCACCGGCAGCGCCCCGAAAGAAAGCACUUUGGGAUCUCUUCUCCGCUCCUGAACGAAUUGAGCGCGACUUGGAACUCGCUCAACGAUUGGUGCAGAAGCUGGACACCGAGCUGAGGGAGAAUCACGAGGACGAGUUUGGCCUGGUCAACGGUAUCUCUAAGAUUCAGCAGCGUGUCACGGACCUCCGGAGCAAGGGCUGGCUCCAACCCCCCGCCAAUGCUCCGUCAGCACCAAAAAAGGAGAGGAACCCAGAGGACAUUGAAGAGGGCGAAGAUGAAGCCAUGGAAGAUGAGGAGGAGGGGGCUUAUGAUGAUGAGGUUGAUGACGAAGAGCUGCUGGCCAAAAAGAAAGAGCUCGAUCUGCUCAUCGAAUAUCUCCGACGCGUCUACAACUUUUGUUUCUUCUGCGUCUUUGAGAGCGAUUCUGUGCACGAACUCAUCCGGAAGUGUGCAGGCGGCCACCUUCGCCGGCCUCGCGCAAGCCUGACAACGGCUGCGAAGGCUACCGCUAGAGCGACUGCUCUCGGGCAGCCCUUCCCAUAUAAGAAGCAAGAGCCUUCAGGAGAGGUCGAGGCUGAAGAAGGUGCUACGGAGGAGAAGAAGCCUCCUAAACUCAGUGGGAAGACACAGCAACAGCUUCAGCGGGCCUUCAACUGGGUCAAGACCUAUGAGGAGAAACUUCUUCAGCUUUUGGAGCCGGAGAACGUCGAUAUUAAGAAGCUCGGCGGUAAAGCGUUGGAAGAAGCUAUGGAAGACGAGCUCGCCAGGUAUGUCAAGCAAGAGGACGAGUCGAAAUGGCGCUGCAAGGUCCCGGAGUGCACGAAGCUCUUUAAAGGCCAACAUUUCUGGCGCAAGCACGUCGAGAAGCGCCACACGGAGUGGUACGAAAAGCUGAAGAACGACCUGCAACUCGUCAAUACCUACGUUAUGGACCCGGCGCACAUAGCCCCUUCUCGCAGCGACGCGAACAGCAACGGCCACUUCCCAAUGGGCAAUCACGUCGCAGCUACCGGUACACCUCGAGGAUUCAACCUUGCUAACAUGAACAUCAACCUUGCAAACGGUGGAAUGAAUGGUCUCAAUCUCCAAGCCAUGUUCAAUCCAGCUAUGGGCAAUUGGGACCCGACCUUUGGUCAUGACGAGCGGCACCAGGCCGGCCCAAUGCGACGUGGCGGACAUCGCUUCAACAAUCGAUCCGGCCCUUACGACAGGCAGCCUCGCGAUGGCCGCAACCGGACCACCGGACGCCUGACGCCUCCUCCCCUACGUGGCGGACGAGCUGGUGGUCCGCGCUUCGGCGAUGGUGGGCCAGGGCCUGUUCAGUCCACCCAAGGCCGCUCCAUCAAGAGCUACGAGGAUCUGGAUGCGGUCGGCACAGGCGGCAACGGGGAGCUCAACUACUGAACACCCGGAGAGAGAGCAUGUAGCGGGGGUACAAGACUGUUUCAUGAGAGUACGGGGAGGCCUCUCACUCACAUGUUCCACAGGGCUUCUUUAUAGGGCAGGUGUUCGGAAGGCUCCUUUCAUUAAUCAUUCG